CCUCACACUCCGGAAACACCCCCAUCCUUACCAUGUGCAAUGGCUAAGUGACAAUGGAAAUGUCAAGAUACAACACACCAUCUCCGUAUCCUUCAAGAUUGGCGCCUAUGAAGACACCGUUGAUUGUGAUGUAGUGCCCAUGACGGUGUGCCACAUGCUACUUGGUCGCCCUUGGCAAUAUGACAAAAGAGCAAGCCAUGAUGGCUACACAAAUGCCUAUAGCUUCAAGGUCGGCGACAAGACGUUCAUCCUACGCCCAAUGACUCCUAGCCAAGUAAUUGCGGACAAUGCAAAGGCUUUAGCGAGGGCUAAGGAAGCUACCAUCACUAGUGAGAUGAGUGGUGAGAGAGUGACCCACCAAAAGGAAAGUGAGCGCCACAAGCCAUAUAUGAGUGAGAUGAAGAGUGUCCUCAUAGCUACCAAGAGUGAGAUGAGAGAAUUGCACCACAACCCAUCCACCAUAUUGCACUACGUGCUCAUUUGCAAGGGACCAUCUUCGGAGACUAACAACUUAACAACACUUCCUUCAUCUUUGUUGUCUCUUUUGAAGGAGUUCCAAGAUGUCUUCCCCGACGAGCUUCCUCAUGGACUACCACCGCUUCGAGGGAUUGAGCACCGCAUCGACCUCAUACCCGGCGCUCCUCUACCAAACCGCGCCGCCUACCGCACCAACCCCGAAGACACAAAGGAGAUUCAACGCCAAAUACAAGACCUCCUCGAAAAAGGGUAUGUUCGUGAAAGCCUAAGCCCUUGUGCGGUUCCCGUGAUUCUUGUUCCU